CCCUCUUCUUAAUCCAGCCUUCAAAGUUGCUGAUAGAGUCAGAUACACACACUGAUUGCAGACCUUGGUCUCCACAGGAAUCUUCUCUGCUGGUCAGCAAUGUAUCGGUCAUCUGUGGUGAGGGCCAGGAAGAGGGCUUGUCUGGAGCCCUGGGUUGUCGGCCUCAUCACCUUUAUUUCCUUAAUUGUCCUGGCAGUGUGCAUUGGACUCAUCGUUCAUUAUGCAAGAUACAAUCAAAAGAAGACCUACAAUUACUACAGCACAUUGUCAUUUACAAGUAACAAAGUAUAUGAUGAGUUUGGAAAAGAGGCUUCUAAAAAUUUCACAGAAAUGAGCCAGAAAAUUGAAUCAAUGGUAAAAAAUGCAUUUCAUAAAUCUUCAUUGAGGGGAAAAUUUGUCAAGUCUCACAUUAUCAAGUUCAGUCAAGAGGAACAUGGAGUGUUGGCUCAUAUGCUGCUGAUUUUUAGAUUUCCUUCUACUAAGGACCCUGAAACUAUCAAUAAAAUAAUACAACAUGUUCUACAUGAAAAUCUGCAAGAUGCUGUAGGACCCCCUAAAUUAGAUCCUGAAUCAGUUGAAAUUAAAAAAAUCAACAAGACAGAAACAGACAACUUCCUGAACAAAUGUUGUGGGACACGAAGGAACAAAACCCCAGGACAGAGUCUCAGGAUUGUUGGUGGAACAGAGGUACAAGAGGGUGAAUGGCCGUGGCAAACUAGUCUGCAAUGGGAUGGGAUCCAUCGCUGUGGAGCAACUUUAAUUAAUGACACAUGGCUUGUGAGUGCUGCCCACUGCUUUAGAACGUAUAAGGACCCAGCCAGGUGGACGGCUUCUUUUGGAGUCACAAUAUAUCCUCCAAAAAUGAAACGAGCCCUCCGGAGGAUAAUUGUGCAUGAAAAAUACAAAUAUCCAUCGCAUGACUAUGAUAUUUCAGUCUUAGAGCUUUCCAGGCCUGUUCCCUGCACAAAUGCAGUACACAAAAUUUGUCUCCCCGAUGCAUCCCAUGAGUUCCGCCCUGGUAAUGAGAUGUUUGUGACAGGAUUUGGAGCACUGCAAAAUGAUGGUAGCAGUCAAAAUCAUCUUCGGCAAGUACAGGUAGAUCUCAUAGACACUAAAAUCUGCAAUGCACCCCAAGUUUAUAAUAAUGCCAUAACUCCUACAAUGUUAUGUGCUGGCUCCUUGAAAGGAAAUAAAGAUGCGUGCCAGGGCGACUCUGGAGGACCUCUGGUUAGUCCAGAUGCUAGAGAUAUCUGGUACCUUGCUGGAAUUGUGAGCUGGGGAGAUGAAUGUGGGCAACCCAAUAAGCCUGGUGUUUAUACUAAAGUGACUGCUUUCCGGGACUGGAUCACUUCCAAAACUGGUGUCUAAGAGAGAACAGCCUAGCAGAAUGGAACACACUUUUGUGUACAGGUCAUUCUUAGAGAUACAGAAUUGCAGAAGUCAUCAUGCAGGUCACCUAGAUCUGACCAAUCGAACUAAACCAUCUGCUAUUUCCUUCCUAGCUCUUCUCCGCACACCAUCUUGCUUCUACCAGAUGGAUUCUGUCUCAACUUGCAGUCACUUGUUUUUCUGGAAGUUUUCUGUCAUCAAAUUUUGACUUGUUGACAUAAAUCUCUCUCAUGUGUGUAUGCUGUUUGAAGUGAUCCCUUCCUUCAUUUCACUGGCUUUUCUCAACUCAAUAAAUUUCUACUUUCAAGGUGCAGGACAAAGAGUAAAAUGAAAUAUGAAAAAAAACCUACAUUUUUUACAUACAGAAAAAUAUUAGGUGUUAUUUCUUAAUGUGAUGAAGAAAAUGAUCAUAAUCAUUAUGAAAGGUCAGGUAAAGAGACAUCAAAAAACCAAAUACUUUAUGAUGUUGAAAGAAUGAGAACUAAGUUAAGGAAAUAAAGAGCAACCAAGAUAUAAUUUAUUUGCAUUUCCAGCAAACUGACAGAGAUAAAUGUGGGGAAGAUUCUAUUUUCUUGUGGCCUGUAAUAAUUAUACAAACUCUAUGUAAUGUAUUUGUUUUAAGUUAAAGCAAAUAGUAUUUAUUUAACAUGGCACUACUGAGAAUGUCAACAUAUCAUAAUAAAAAAAUAAAUA